CAAAUAUUUUUACAUUGUCAGGCUACAGAAUCGUUUAGAAUCGUUCAGUUGUUAUCAACACUUCAGCGUGAACGAGUGGACGCUUGUACCUGACUUUGAUUAGGUCUAAGUGUCUCAAGAUGAGCAAGCACGGUUUUGAUUCGGACACGGUCACAUUGACUCGUUUCGUCCUGGCCGAACAGUCCAAAGUUCCCACAGCUACCGGAGAACUCACUCAGCUACUCAAUGCCAUCCAGACUGCAGUUAAGGUUAUUAGUAGCGCCGUUAGGCGAGCGGGGAUAACAAAACUAUUUGGAAUCGCUGGCGAAACAAAUGUACAGGGCGAAGAAGUGAAGAAGCUCGACGUGCUGGCGAAUGAGCUUUUCAUCAAUAUGCUGAGAGCCUCCUUCACGGUGGCUUUACUCAUUUCCGAAGAAAACGAAACCGUUAUCGAGGUGGAAACCGAACAGCGCGGAAAGUACAUCGUGGCUUUCGACCCUCUGGAUGGAUCAUCCAACAUCGACUGUCUAAUAUCAAUCGGCUCAAUUUUCGCCAUUAUGAAAAAGGAAGACAACAGCAUUCCGAGCUUAAAAGACGCUCUCCAGCCUGGGACUAAAGUAGUAGCUGCCGGGUAUGCGCUGUAUGGGAGCGCUACCAUGAUGGUUCUGUCGCUGGGUAAUAGCGUGAACGGAUUCAUGCUCGAUCCCAGUUUUGGGGAAUUUCUUCUUACUGAUCGUGAUAUGAGGAUUCCCAGCAGGGGAAAAAUUUACGCAAUUAAUGAGGGAUACACGCACGAAUGGGACCCGGCCGUUAAAGAGUACAUCGAAAGCAAAAAAGACCCAGCCAAGGGCAAACCUUACAAUGCCCGAUACGUGGGAUCAAUGGUGGCCGAUGUGCACCGAACCAUCAAAUAUGGAGGAAUUUUCAUUUACCCUGCCACGAAAUCGUCUCCCAAUGGAAAACUUCGCCUUCUCUACGAAUGCAUUCCCAUGGCUCACAUAGUGGAGACUGCAGGCGGACUAGCGUCCACUGGAAAAAUUUCAAUUCUAGAUGUACAGCCCAGUAGCCUCCAUCAACGAAGCCCUAUUUUUCUGGGCUCGAAGGAUGAUGUUCAGGAAGCUUUGGACAUUGUUAAGAAGCAUGAAGGAUGACUGGAAAAUGGCUAAACCAGGCCUGAUAAAUAAAUAAAAAACACAGAAUACAGAAAAUAUACAUCUGAGUGUCAAAUCGCAGGAUGUUUGUUUAUUAGUUACGAAAUAAAUUGUUUUUUCAAAUGAA